UUGAAAUACAGGUAUUUUAACUUAGCAAACAAAAAGUUAUAGUGAUAACAAUGCGGCUAUUGUUAAAUAUAUUUUAUCUGCUAUUUGUUAUAAUUUAUUGUUGUGAAUGUAAAACAGGAUUUGGUCCUGGUGAACAAGAUUGGGAUUAUGUAGAAGUAAGGCCAGAUGCACAUAUGUUUUGGUGGCUAUAUUACAACACUGAAAAUAUUACAAGACCAGAAUCAAAGCCAUUAUUAAUAUGGUUGCAAGGUGGUCCAGGUGGGUCUUCAACAGGGAUAGGAAAUUUUCAAGAACUAGGACCAUUAGAUUCAAAAUUAAACCCUAGAAAUAGUACUUGGGUAAAACAAUAUAAUGUACUCUUUAUCGACAGUCCGGUCGGAACUGGAUUCAGUUACGUGAAGAAUCAAUCUGCUUUAACUAAAAAUAAUACACAAGCCGCUCUAGAUUUGAUUGAAUGUUUACGUGGAUUCUAUAAGAAAUUACCAGAAUUUCAAAAUUCAUCCGUUUAUAUUACUGCUCAAUCAUAUGGUGGAAAAAUUGCUAUCGAAUUUGCAUUACUUUUAGAUAAGGCAAUUAAGCAAGGGCAAAUCAAAUCAAAUAUCAAGGGCGUCGCUUUAAUUGAUUCUUGGAUAUCACCAAUUGAUUAUGUAACAACUUGGGCAUCAUUUUUAUUACAAGUGGGAAGUAUUGAUAAUGAUGGAUUCAUUCAAAUCGACAAAGAAGCAAAAUUAUGCAAACAAUUUUUAAACGAAGGAAAAUUUGAGGCAGCCACAGACCAAUGGUUAGCCACUGAAAUAACUAUACAACGUAUAACCCGUAAUAUUGAUUUUUAUAAUAUUUUAUCAAAAAUCAAUACGUCACUAAAUAGCUUUGGAGAUUUUCUAGAUCUACCAUCUGAAUUAAAUAAGCCCAAAACUUUAACAGAAUUGAUGAAUACUGAUGUAAAGAAUACCUUAAAUAUCCCUGAUCAUGUUGAUUGGAAAGAAACAAAUCGGAUAGUCUUUCAUGAGUUUUCUGAAGAUUUUAUGAAACCCGCUAUUCAUUUGGUCGAAGAAGUAUUGAAUACAACAUCGCUAAAAGUAUAUGUCGUAUCUGGGCAGUUGGAUUUAAUAGUUGACACUCCAGGUACAUACAAAUGGGUUAUGGACAUGAAUUUUAAAGACAAACAAAAUUGGUUAUCAACAUCUCGAGAUCCAUUAAUUGUAAAUGAUAUAAUUGAGGGCUUUAUGAAAAGUAUAACAAUUUUGCAUUUUAUUGGGUAAGCCGUUCUGGACAUAUGGUGCCUGCUGAUAAUCCUAGUGCUAUGAAUGAAAUUCUUGAAAAUUUAACAUCAACAGAAUCUAUUGUUUAGAUAAUAAUGUAAUUU